AUGUUGUUUCUUGAAAUAUGGCAGAUGAUCAAAGACCCGUAUCAGAACAACCCUAUACGAAUAUUGAUCGAAAUAUUUAUGCUUGGCGUAGUUUUAAAGUACGCAUUUCAGAGGAAGAAAUCUGCAAAAGACGUAAUACUAUCAAAGGAAGAAGCAGAGCAGCUAAUUGAUGAGUGGGAGCCCAAGGACCUCGGGCUGCCUGAUGAAGCAGAGGUGGAGCACACAGAGGUAAAGUACUCUCUUUCCUCGUUCAACCCUUUUUUAUUCAGCACUCCUUCAGCUCCAUCAGACAAAGAGAAGCUCCCUUUCCCUGUGGAAACAGCAGAGCAGCAGGCCGCCAAGAUAUGCGCCCUCUCAGAGACCAUUGACACGUACGGGGUGGGCACCUGCGGCCCCAGAGGGUUCUAUGGAACCAUUGACAUCCAUCUGACUCUGGAGAAAAAGAUAGCUGAGUCUCUGGGCGUAGAUGGAGCAGUGCUCUAUGCGCACUCUCUACUGGCCAUUGCGAGUGUCAUCAAAUGCUUCUGCAAAAGAGACGAUGCAAUCUUUUACGAUCACCGCUCAUCUAUUAGCAUCCGCAGAGGGAUAUACGCGUCCAAAGCAAAGGCCAUUGCGUACACCUCCACCGCUGAUCUUAAUCUGAAGAUUGCUCUCGAGGGCUCCUCAAAGAACAAAAAGUUCAUUAUCACUGAGGGAAUCUUCGAAGAAACCGGAGAGACUGCAGACAUUGCAGCAAUAAUCAAAGCACGGGCGCAGCACCACGCCUUCCUUAUCCUCGAUGAGUCUGUGAGCAUUCCCAUGCUGGGGAGCACAGGCGCUGUGGGCUUCUUUGGAGCUGACCCCAACCAGGUGGACCUGCGCAUUGGCUCUCUCUCCACGGGCUUUGGAUCUGCUGGGGGAUUCUGCGUGGGGUCUAAAGAGGUCUCUGAUCUGCAGAGACUGAGCAGUUUGGCGUACUGUUUCUCAGCAUCACUCCCUGCGUAUUUGGCGCAUGCUGCUUUGCUCAAUCUGCAGUCAGUGAUCGAGUGGGAAGAGUCGCAGUUCAGCUUGUACAGACAGUCUGAGACAGAUUCCUCCUCAGAAGAGUGCCAGUACACCCCUGCCAUUGACUAUCCUGCGAAGAAAUCCAUCAAAUCGCCAAAGUUUCUCUCCAAUUUCUCGAGAGACAAGAACUCACUGAUCAACUACCCUGCAGCACAGGCAUUCUACACUGAGUUCAACUCCCGUGCUAAGCCUCUUCCAUUCAGAGCACGAACUGACCACUUUACGCCGAUUGUGAGGAUACUCCUCCAUGAAGACCAUCCGGAUGUAGUAAAAGUGUUCUCAGAGAUACACCAGGCGCUGAUGGCUGCGGGGAUAUUUGUGCGCCUGUCAGAGUAUCCUGUGCCGUCUUUUCUUCUUGCAUUCCACAAUGCAUUCCGGCUCGAAGAUAUUGCAGACCUCACCAAAAGCAUCUUGAGUGUUAUCAGCAAGACAUACUCUGAUACUUUCUAG